AAAAAACGUAUCAGCAGUUUAAACCACCCGCCACUCAUAAGUCUAAAAUCAAAUCUUAAUUUUCUUUUGCGGGCUAGCAGUUUCUGCAAGAAGGCAAGUUCAACAAGGAUUCAGGUAGCUCUCUCUGAGAAUCCGAGCGACACAGCACCUCUAAAUCUCCUUCGUUGCCGGAGACUUCAACGCCAGCGCACCAACCACCGUCGAUUCAAGACUAAGUCUCUGUUAUCAUCACACCGUUCUGUUCACAGACAAGUCGUCGCCGCUCUUUUCUCCCUUUCGGUCUCUGCCUCUUGUGCGCCCAGCACCAGGCUGAGCGAAGCUCUCUCUGCAACAAGCUUUAUCUCAUGCCGAGACUCAAGCAUCGCAGAGACAAGGCACUUGGUGUUCCUGUGGAUAGGCUUGUCCAAGCUGCUGAUUCGGUUUUAGCUAGACGUCUCCGGAAAACGUUGGGUGGUGGGAUGAGGCAGAUUGGCAUCCUUUGUGCUGCUGCACUUGUUGGGUUACAUGAAAAUGUUGGAAAGCUGAAAAGUGAUCACAAGAAUGCUAGAACUUUGGCCGAUGGACUGAGUGAAAUUUUAGGACUCAAAGUCGAUGCCAGUUCUGUGGAGAGCAAUAUGAUAUUUAUUGGAAUUGAAGAUUCAUGGACUACAGCAGAAAAGAUAUGCAAGUACUUGGAAGAACGUGGUAUCCUUCUGAUAAAAGAGAGCUCAUCAAGGUCUUGUACUCUUGUUUCAGUUAGACCUCUACAAUAUUCAAUCUGUUUUACGUAAUUGAAAUAAUUGUUAACUUUUAAAUAAAUCCAGGUCAAGUACUGAGAGUUUCUCUGAGAUAGUGAGAUUUAGUGUUAUCAUAUGAUCCAUGCAUCCUAUUAAGAUGAUAUUUCAGUUGCUGUAUUUGGUAUCUUCUUUUUCGUGUGUCGAAAAUGUCAGAGUAGAAGAUCAUGUUGAUCUUCUCUGUUUUUUUUUAUCAGUGUAAUUUCUUAAGCAAAUGUUGUUUAUGAAUGUUUUUUUUUACUCUUUCCAUAUGUGAAGUAGUUUAUUCAUUUAAGAUA